UAAACAUUUAACCUGCACAGCAAUUCCUACCUUUUCAUCCUCUUCUUGGUUAGUGUGAGCUUUGUAAACACUCGCCCAUGUGCGUAAUAAUAAAAUAAACUAUUUUUUUUUGUAAAUCAGUAAUUUUUCGUAAUUGACGAAGUGAUCAAAUAACAGCAGACGUCGUCUGUGCAAAUUUGUGAUCAAUUAAUGAUUAUUUAUUUAUGAUUAUUGAAUUUAGCUGACAAGUGUACCAUGAAAUAAAAAUAAACUUGGCAGUUUUAUCAUUCUUUUGUCUAAGAUUUUUAGUGAUUUAAAUAUUUUAAGUUUAAUUAUUAAUUAUGGGAAUCACGGGAUUGCUGCCGUUCCUGGACAAGUCCUCGAAGAGAGGAAAUAUCAGUCAGUUUUCAGGAGGAACUGCGGCUGUUGAUACUUAUUGUUGGCUUCAUAAAGGAGUUUUCACUUGUGCUGAUAAAUUGGCCUUGGGUGAACCAACUGAUGGAUAUGUUCUCUAUUGUAUGAAAUUCGUUCAAAUGUUGCUGGCGAACAGGAUAAAGCCAAUCCUGGUGUUUGACGGCUGUUACUUGCCGGCCAAAGCUGAGACAGAAUUAAAACGACGAGAAUCGAGAGAAACGAAUAAACGACGAGCUGCUGAGCUGAUGAAAAUGGGCCGUAAUGCUGAAGCCAAAGCUAUUCUGCGUAGAUCUGUUGAUGUAACUCACGAAAUGGCUCUGCAAGUUAUUAAAAAAUGUCAUGAAUUAAAUGUUGACUGUAUCGUUGCGCCAUAUGAAGCAGAUGCUCAAUUAGCUUAUUUAAAUACAUCCGGAAUAGCUGACGUUGUCAUCACUGAGGACAGUGAUUUGACGCUGUUUGGAUGUAAAAAGAUAUUUUUCAAAAUGGAUAUUAGCGGCAAUGGAGUUCUGGUAGAGCAGGAUCGUCUUCACCUGGCUAUGAAUUUAAGCCCUAAUCAAUUUGACAUUGACAGAUUUCGUCACAUGUGUAUUUUGUCUGGGUGUGAUUAUUUACCGUCAUUACCAGGAAUUGGGCUCAGCAAAGCCUGUAAGUUUGUGCUAAAAAAUUCAGACCCAGAUAUUCAUAAGGCACUUGGACGGUUGAGCUCAUACUUGAAUAUGAAAUCACUGUCUGUUACUCCAGAGUAUCGUGAUUCAUUUAUACGAGCGCUUAUUACUUUUAAACAUCAGUUGGCAUUCUGUCCAAUGCAGAGAAAGCAAGUGAGACUGACAACUCCACCACCUGAGGUAACACCUGAACAACUGCAUCAUGCUGGAGAUGAAAAACCUUCUGACUUGGCGUAUCAACUGGCUCUUGGUAACUAUGAUCCGACUACGCUGAAAAAAAUGCAUGAUUAUGAUCCAGAUGAAGCGCUAAAGAGGUCAAGAAAUUCUUGGCACAGUGGUUCGAAAAUUACACAUCCAAGUAUUUGGUCUAGAGAUUUUCAAAUUCCGAGUCCUAAGAAAACUCCAGCAAAAAAGAGCGACAAGACUAAAUGGCCUAAUACUGCUGGUAAAGUUAUGGUUGCUAAUACAGAAGCUCUUAAAUUUAAAUCAAGUCCUCUAAAACGAUCUUUCGAAGACAUGGAAACUGAUCUUACUGAAAGUGAUAUUAUUAAAAUGUAUGGAAGUAAUAAAAUUCAAAAAAAUGAAGAGCCAGUUGAUGUUAAAGUUGAAGAAGAAGAAGAAAAAGAAGUUGAAGAACAAAAAACACCGCCAGCAGCUUCUCCCCAAAGUAAACCAAAUCCAUUUUUAAAAAAAUCAACCGAAACAUCUCCUUGUUUAUUACGAGGAUCGCGAAGAAGAAAACUUCGUACUUUUAUUGCUGUCGAGCCUACUGUAGUUGACGAAAGUGCUCCAGUUGUGAGCAAAUAUUUUAACAAUAACUUAAAUCAGACUGAAGGAACAUCGACAUCAUCAUCAGCAGCAGUGAAGGAUCUGAUUGAUCGGGGAAUUCAUUUCAUUCCAGAAACACAAGACGAAGACUUGCCACUGUCACAACCAGACUCAUACAAAGAAAACAAGAUUAGUGUUAAUGAUAAUAAGUCUGAAGAAAAACAAGUACUCAGUAGGUUAGAUUCAGGAAUAGAUAUGAAAGAUAACAGCAAUGAUUAUAUAAGUAAUGAUAUAAAAAUUUCCAGCGACCAACUUAAUCAAGUUUCUUCUCCGGCCAAGCAACAGUCGCGUCAUCAGGACGAGGAUACUUUGCAUAAUCAUAAGCACAAUCUUAGUGAUAAUAAUAUGGAUAAUUUAGCAACCGAUCCAGUUCCUGACGAUGACAUAGAGUGUUCGACAAUUACCUCACAUGUCACCAGUUUAAGAAGCAGUUUCUUCAAGUGGUCAAACACCAGAGGAAGUUCAAGUAAAUUAAAUACCGGCGACAGUAGUCCGAUAGCUGUCAAAAACAGCAGAAAAUUACAAACCAACAGUAAAUCUUCACGGACACUGACAACUAAAAAAACUCCGCCAUCCACUCAACACAAUCUUCUAAAUUCCUACGGCUUUGAGAAAAAAAAAAUACUAAAAUAA